AUGUGUCGCAGAUUAGGAGCUGGCACGUUCAUUGAUUCUUCUAAGGAUGUCGUGGCUGAGGUGAUGAGGAUCACUACCUACGGUGCCCACGGGGUUCUCGUUGCUACUCCAUCGAAGGAAGCAUAUGACAUAGCGCUGCAUACCCUGAGAAUCCGGGGAACAAUGGUGGCGCUUGGUAUUCCAAAAACUCCCGGUGUCAUGGCCGGAUCGCCGGCUGCUCUUAUCAUCGGAAAGAAGCUAAACAUCGUUGGAAGCCUGGUUGGCACCAAAAGGGAAGCCGACGAAGCACUGGAUUUUGCAGCAAGGGGGUUGAUUCGUCCUGUUCUAACCAAAGGGACGUUGCAUGACAUUGAUAGAUUCUGUGACAUGCUCGAGGAGGGUAGCCUCCCUGGAAGGGCUGUAAUUGAUGUUUCUAUAUAA